CCCCGUGCCCUGACGCCCCCGCGCCCGCCCCCGUCCUGGACCCUCAGUUGCUCCUCCCGCGAGACUUCUUCAGGCGGAAGUGGGGACGGGCUGAGGCUUGUAGUUUGGCUCCUCCUGGCUUGCAGUGACCCGACCGCAUCUGUGCCAGUCCCUGCCCGGCCACUGUCGCGCGGACGUGGCUCCCGGAAGUGGGGCUGGCGCUGGGCCGCCAUGUUGCAGCAGGACAGUAAUGAUGACACAGAAGAUGUUUCACUGUUUGAUGCGGAAGAGGAGACAACUAACAGACCCAAAAAAUCCAAGAUCAGACACCCAGUGGCAUCAUUUUUCCAUUUAUUCUUUCGAGUCAGUGCAAUUGUAGUCUAUCUUCUCUGUGAAUUGUUCAGCAGCAGCUUUAUUGCCUGUAUGGUGACAAUUAUCUUGUUGUUGUCAUGUGACUUUUGGGCAGUCAAGAAUGUCACAGGUAGGCUAAUGGUCGGCCUGCGCUGGUGGAAUCAUAUUGAUGAAGAUGGAAAAAGCCAUUGGGUGUUUGAAGCCAGAAAGGCAACCUCCCAAGAGAGUAAAAGUGUUUCAGAGGCUGAAUCAAGAAUCUUUUGGUUAGGACUGAUUGCCUGCCCUGUGCUGUGGGUAGUGUUUGCCUUCAGUGCACUCUUCUCCUUCAGAGUGAAGUGGUUGGCAGUGGUUAUCAUGGGUGUAGUCCUCCAAGGUGCCAACCUGUAUGGUUACAUCAGGUGCAAAGUGGGCAGCAGAAAGAAUUUAACUAGCAUGGCUACAUCUUACCUUGGGAAGCAGUUUUUAAGACAGAACACUGGAGAUGAUCAGACUUCCUGAAGAGCAAGCAAAAGCUUACAUGAUCUGUUAAAUUGGGGGACUGCUGAAGACUUGACUGAACCUUUUAGAGCCCAGUACAUGUCACAAAGAGGAGUGCUUGGUUUGUUUAUCCAUUUUAAAGUUUACUUUAAGGAAAGGUAGUUUUCACAUUAAUUUUUUUUUCUUUUAACACUUGGGGCUUGAAAGUAUUGUGUUGCUAGAAACAUUGUCAAAAUUUGUUUAUGUUUUAAACGUAUUUGCACAUAGUGAUGUCAUGUCCGUAUAUCCCAAAUUAAUGAAAGGGUGUUCAUGUGCAUAUGUAAUGGAAACCUUUGUGUUUUGAUCCAUAGAACGUGAAAGGAUAUUCUUAGUCUGUCUCAAAACUCUUAUGUGUUUACAUUUAUUUUUGUAGAUUAUUUUCAUAAAGUUUUGCUUCUGUGGUUAAGAAUGAGCACUUUGGCUUAUGUUUAAGUUAGAAAUUAUUGUUAAUUUUGCAACUUAAAAGAUAUACUUCAUGAUGAAACUUAUCCUAGGCAUUCACAGGUAGGAAAAACCAAAUUUGGGCCAGUGACAUUAACAAGUUUCUAAAAUUUUGUUUAUUUUUAUUUGUAACAAGUCAUAUACUUGAGGCCCAAUGGAUGUAAAUGGAAUUUUCUUACUUUAUGUUUAAGGGAUACUUAGAGAUUGCUGCUGCUCUAUUUAUUUUUCAGACAUGGCCAGAUUUUACUUGGAUCUCCUUGGAAGCCCUUCAGUGGUCCUUGGCCUAAUGAAAUCUAUCUUUUGCCACUAAAAAAGUAUUUUUCUUAUGUCAUAGUGAGAAUAAUCAUUUAAAUACUUGGCAUAAUAAAUGCCUCAAAGACAUUUUAUUUUAUGAAUCAAUUUCUUUCUCUUGCUGUAAGGGGGAUACUGUAAAUCAAGCAUUUGUAUUAAUGGUAUUUCUUAAGACAAAGCAAUAUAUGUAAUCUACAAACUGUUGUAGGCAACUGUAAGUUCUCUUGUAGAUAUUAUAAACUUUGUUGAAGUCUUUUAAUCAAUAGAUUAUUUUGUGAAUGUAUUUAUACAUUGUUAAAAAUUUUGAAAAGAUGUUCAGUUUGAAUGAAUAGGUGACUUCAUUGGAGUGAUAGCUUGAAGGUGCCUAACUUUAUAUUUGUAUAAAACACUACUGUUUACAAAGCA